AUGCCCGGUGUCGUCAUGAUGGAGAAUGGCACUCGGGACACACCUUCUACGAAUCAUGACAGACAUAACGGACAACUCGCCAAUGGUCAGAAUGGCCUUGUCAGCAAAACCACCGACGGAAGUGAUGGCGGCGCGAACGUCAUGGUCAACGGGAACAGCAGCGGGAACGGGAACGGCCCCGCCAACGCCAACACCAACAUGGCUGCUACCUCGCGCAUCAACGACUUACCCGAAGAGAUCCAGCAUAUUACACAGGGGUACAUGCCUUUGGGCGUACUGCUGUCGCGGCUUGCGCAGAAUACCCACAACCAGCUCGUCGACGAGAUCGCUGCUCUGGCUAAGAUGCCUGUGUCUGCGCCUACUGUCAACAGCAACUCGGCCCAUCCCGACGGUGUAGACGACACUUCUCCCGAAAACCUCGCCAAGAAGGUCAGAUUGUUGAACUUCGUCCAGGAGAGACACGGAGAAUGGGUGAAGGCGCUGGUCAUUUCAAAUUGGAGCAGGAGGGCCGAGCCCGUCAGCAAGCUGAUUGACUUGAUGCACCACAUCAACACCCAGCGAAAAAUAUACGACGACUCCCUAGACUACAUGAUCAACAUCAAGCGAGACCUUACGUAUGCGCGACUACCGAAUCCCGAUCUGCGCACUGCUCUUCAAGUACUUUCCACGGGUCACGCUCCCUGGAUGCCGGAUAUUAAUUAUAUCGAACCGCCUCCUUUGACCCCGAAAGAGCAAUUACACUGGGUCGAAAACCUAAACACGCUGUUGUCACUUCGUUUGAACCUAGAGGACCACGAGAACAUCCCUGACCAUUUCCAGGAUUACGAUAUCGACUCGGGGCGCGUGACGUUCAAGGUAGCUGGAGAGUUCGAGGUGGAUCUCACGAUAGCUGACGAGGAUUUCGAGAAGCAAUUCUGGUUCAUCGACUUCCGGUUUGCUUUUACACCAGCGCCCACUGAGCUGUCGGAGUCCUUGAGGAUGUACCUCGAGAACAAGGUCAAUGAGAUGCUCGAGAAGGACGGCCUGUACGGGUGCUUCAAAUUUCUGCACGAGUUCGUUCUGACCCACAAGAUCACCGAGUACGUGCGCCAGGCUCUGGAAUUGAGUAAAGGACGAUGGGUGGAUACGUUGAAGGUGGAGAGACUCAACCGGGCCAUGUCCAUACAGUAUUGGGCAAACCGCUAUCCCCCGGAUGGUCCAAGAAGCUGGAUCAUAUUGGGUGUCCAUAGCGGCAGAAAACCGGGCUCGCUCGCCAAUGAGAAGUCCUCCAGUCAUCUCGUGUUGCGUUGGUUCAGGGACAACAAGGAAGUCAAGGACGUAACACUGCCAAUCGACAGCGCAAGUAUAUCCACAGAAGACCUCUUGAACCGCGUCAUUGGAACACAUAUCGAAUCCAUACUUGGUGCAAUUCAUGACAGACUGAAGCCUCACGGGCGGUUCACGAAGCGGGAGGCUGGCCUCACCCUCAGGACCUCAAGGGACAACCCGAUAGAAUCAGCGCUGGAGGUCCAGCUGUGCGACACACAAUAUCAGAGCCUCCAGAUCAGCCCUAUUACCGGCCUGCUCGUGAUGAAACCGCAAUCGAAUAUAUCCCGGAUAGGAGAACAGAAGCUGAACUGGGGCACGAGAGAUCCUAUACAAGAGGGUGUCAAUUGUCUAGAAAGCGUUAGGUGCCAUUUUGCGGUGGACGAGCUGAACCGACGGGGUAGGAGCAUCGGCUGGGCUAUGUGCCGAAGCCCUGUGAAGCCGGAGGACGUCAAAGCACUGCUGCAGACAAAACAGCAUGCCCAUAACCAAGCCAUAUGGCUACAACGUCAAGGGUGGCCGGAAAAUUGGUACCUCAUGGUGAGCAUGAGCCUGGGCGGAGACAGAUGGUGGUUGAUUGAAACUAUGAGUCACCCAACCGGGCCUCGAGUCUUAUCAUGCACAUCAUUACCGCUCAGCUGCGGCACACCAAAGCUCUCGGAUAAAUUCUUCGCUAAUAUAACGGCCUUCACUGCUGCGGUAAUCUCGCAAGCCACGGAUCUCCGAGCAUUGCACCAACAGAAGAUAGAGCACAAAGCCCACGGGGGAAUCAACCGGUCGCUACCGGCAAACAUGAAGGUCCCUACUGUCUUCAUCAGGCUUUCCGACAUGCUGGGAGCACAGCCGCACGGAUCAACUAGAAAGGUGCCGUCAUGGGCGCUGGAUUUUGUGCAGGUCAUGUUCACUGGCAUGAGCCACCGAAUCUCUAAACUGCAAUCCAAACUGCAAGAGUCUGGUGGCGGUAUUGAGGGAAGUGCAGAACUUGCACGAGAGAGACACCUCAUGAAGACACUGGUGGAUGCUCGCCUGAAAGUUGCGCAUGCAGCCCAGUUUGGCCUCCUCAAAGGUAUUGUGGAACGUGACAUGGCAUUCAACGAACGUCUCGGAGUAUUCGCUUUCCGACUUGAAGCGCCACUUGGCAGCUCAAUACUGGACACGCUCAUCCAUCGCGUGCAAGCGCUUGCAAGGCUCGCCGACUGCAUAGAAGCCAUCCGCCGAAGCGACAGGGACAUUCAGUGCGAGGAGAUCACUCUCAGCAAGGUCGUCUUCAGCUACAGUGGGAGGCUCAAGUCCAGCAGUGAUGCAGUGGCGCCGCAGAAAGGGCAUCGCUGGAAAGCAACACUCGACCUUGGUACGGACAAGAUCAAGCUGCUGCUUGAACAGUGCAACCCGCAACUGCGAGUGUUGGAUCUUUUCCAGAAAAUGCUCAAUUCGGACCUACGCUUCCGCAAGCUGCCAUUCUUCUUGUCAGGCUUAUUGCCAUUACAAGAGGCUCUGGACUCGGUCGAAGAUGCUUGGCAAGGUCUCACCAUGAACGAUCAGGGUCGAGUUGAAAUAUUCUCCGCACACCUCGACUGGCUCAACGUUCACUACGUCGUCCCAGGGGCGAAUAGGAACACGCCACGGUGUUUGACGAUGCAAAUCCGGCUUAAAGAGCGUCGAGGUGAUGUUCGUUGGCACAUCUUUCGUGAGGAACGGGGCCCAAUGAAAAACCCCGACGAUGAGUUCAAGAAGAUACUGCAAAAGGUAUGGGCGGCGGAGAAUGGGGGUUGGCAAUAUCUCGGCGACAGCGCCGCCGUGGAGCCAGAUGGCCGUGUCGGGGAGUUGGUCAAGGCUAUCGAUGAAGCAGUCAGACCCCUCGCGACAAGGUCACCGUCGGUCAUGAAGCAAAGUCAAGCCAAAGCUCCCCCGGCUAAGAGCCACAACCAGAACCAGAAUCAUAACAAGACGAUGGCGUCGAAUAAGGGCCGGCAGCAGCAGGGGGCGGUGGUGAUCAAUAUAGACGACUAG